UUUGGAAGCUUUCGGUAAAAACAAGAGGAAAAACUCAAACCCUCCCGGAGUGGGCGCACAAGUUUUCGCGGUUCACGGUCGCCGUUUUGCAUUUUUUGUGUUUGGUGUGUGCGAAAGCCAACAGUAUACGGGAGUCCCGAAAGGAAAAGAAAGGGAAAAACGUGGAAAUUGUGUAGUUCUGUGUAAUAGCUGCAUUUUCUUCCGUGCCGUCUUCCCAUCUUCUGACGAAUGGCGACGACGGUCUCGUAGGCAGGGCUGUGUUGUGCAGCAGCGCGCAGUAGGCGGCGAAGCAAUAACGAGAGUCUGUGGGUGAAAAGAUGUGGGAAGCUACGACGACGGUGCAGCAGCAGCAGCAGUUCUUUCUUAUCAGCCAAAUUUGGGAGUGAUUAUUGUGUAAUGAGGCAGUGUAUUUCGGUGGCGUUUGCAAAGUGUUGUUGAGUGGAAAUAUAGUGGCCGCGCGCGGGGGUGCUUUUGGGGGCGAGAUUCGAUCUGGUGCGGGUUUUGGUGCGUUGUGGCACGCGAGUGAUUAAGUGGUUUCCCUAAACAUCUGAGCUGCAGCGCGGGCCCUUUCUGCCUCCUGUGCAUGCUGCGAUGGUGCGCGGUUGACAAUGUCAUGUGAAUGCAUUUGCCACGGGAGUUUUGCACAGUACACAGCAGCGCAAUCCAGCUGCAGUAGCGUUCCGCCAUCGUGUUCUUCUCUGGUGGGGAAAUUAACUUCCAUUUCUGCGCUUUCCACCAGCGGAAAUUGAAUCUCUUUUCUAACAAGUGUUCGCAGUCACGCAACAGCACCAAGCUUUCUCGCUCUCUCUCUGUGUUGGUGCUGCUGAUGCUCUCUUGCUUGGCAGGUUGUCUGCCGGCCGUGACUGACACGCAAACCCGAAAAAAGAAACCCAGAGACCUCCGAUUCUGGCCCAUGCGGAUGGAACAAGCGGGGUACGAAAGAAAAGUCGUUCUAUAAUUUCACAUCAGUUUCGGUGGAGUAAAAAAUAAGAACCACAUCGUCUCCGGGAGAGCUGUGUGUGUGUGUUUGUUCGGUGGAAGAAUAAAUAAAAUUCACCCUGCACCACCCCAAUCCCUCCCUUGGAAACGAUCCGGUCAGAAGCAGGGGGGCACAGGAGUGUGGCCUCCUCCGGGGAGCGAAGCGAAAUUUUCAGCGAGAAGCGAAAACCGGCAUAAAUUGCGUCGUUAGGAGGCUAAAGUGAACUUCAAAGUUAUUACGCAGUGUGACAGAGGCCAGUCAGCGUUGCCCAGUCCGCCCUUUCGGUGUUUGGUGGUUAAACACGGCCAACCUAAAGAGGGAAGGUUCGUCGUGCAUAUCCAUCGAUUGUGGAGUGAAUAAAACAUGAAUCUCGUCAGUGGCAUCGGUGCGUCCAUUGGUACGGCUGGCAGAACCGAACAGUCCUCGCCCGAUCAUUACUUUCUGAGCUGAUGGAGGUUGUGUGAAACGACAGCUACAAACCCCACAGGGUAUUGUAAGAAGUGAGCAUACUACAAGCGGCCAAAAAGACAAAAUAAACCCCGCGUAAGCAAUAGUGUUGGAGGAAGGAUAAUUUACCAGUGUGCCGGAUAAGCCUGUGUGUGGCAAUUGUGCUCUCUCUCUGUCUGCUUGAUUGUUUUAACAUCAACCAUGGGAAAAAUAAACGCUAGCCACAGUAGCUACUGUUACGACAGUAUGCUAAAGCGGUCCGACGAUAAGUAUCUGCGGAGCUGCAGCAGAAUCGAACCGAUUGACGAUCCAAACGAGGAUGAUUACGAUGACGACGAUGAUGAUGAUGAUGGUGAGGAUGAGCACGAGCAGCAAAGCCAAAGGACACGGCCGGCGGUAUGGCGGCAGGAAAAGCUGGUCGAAGAGCUUGGUCACCGAGCGUCCGGUGUGUUGGAUGAUGAGCGGGAAACGAAAACCAUCCGGUACGAUCUGCCGGAAAUACUGGAACGGAUCGAUGAGAACCGGCUAAUGUAUCGGGCGGAAGGUAACGCCAACAUUGUGCUCUCUCUAUCGGACAACAAGCACGUGCUGCGGAUGCGCAAGUCCACCGUCGAAUGUCGGGAGGGUAAAGCUGACUCCAAUGUAGAUCUGCGCCGCUUUGUCAAGUACUCGCAGGUCAUUGCGAGCCAGUUCUCCCCGUGCUACGUACCAGCACCGAAGCUGGCCCAUCUGAAUACGUACAAUCUGCAGGCGUUCAACGAACGGUUGCGUUGCUUUCGGCCCGCGAUGAGGCUCGGUAAGGAAAUACGGGAGCUAGACGGUAUCCUGUAUCCGGACGUAGCCUUCCUGCCCAAGUGGCUGUAUCCUGCGCGUGUGCGGGACCUCAGUCAGGACUCGAAAAUCUCUUCCACACCAACCACCACCCACUACCAGACGUACUGCGUCGAAAUCAAACCGAAGCAGGGCUGGCUGGCGUACGAAUUCUGUGAUAACAUACCCCUUCCCCCGGAGCCGCUGUCCAACGGUGGUGGGGACCUUCGGAAGUGCCGUUACUGUUUGCAUCAAUAUUUAAAGCUCCAAAAGAAGUCGAUAGCCAAGAUUAGUAAAUACUGUCCUCUGGAUCUCUACUCCGGUAAACCCGUUCGUGUUCUGCAAGCCGUAAAGGGCCUUAUCGGUGCGCCGCAGAACAACUUUAAAAUAUUGAAAAAUGGCAAGGUCGUGUACGACGACAAGCGGGAAAAGUCCAUGUUCAAUCGGAUACUGCGUGAAAUGUUCCCGCGCGACGGUCGCACAAAGGAUGAGAGAAGCACAAUAUUCAUGAAUCUGAUAAAGGAGAUUUUGCUGAAAGAUUUUACCACAAACGAUGAGCAUUGCGAUCGGAAGCUGUUGAGCAUCAAGAAGGAUCGGAAGAAGAAGGAUAAAAACCAGCUUCACGAACGCGCCUGCAUCCCCGUCAAUCAGCAGUUUCUUCCCCAAAGUUGCGCUUUGCGACAGAUCCUAGACGUGCAGUUGCUAGUGAAGUCAAGCAUUUCUACGAUCGAUCCAUCGAAGUUGAACAAAUCACGAUCCGAUCCGUACAGCUAUAUAGACGAAAUGUACGAAAAGUAUCUCACCUACCAGGAGGACGCACUGUACGAUGGGCGCGGCACCAGUCGCACCACCUGGCCGAACGGUUCCUUCUGUGCCGAGUACCUGUCCGAGGAGGAACAGUAUCAGCUCGGUGCGACGGCCCUGGACUGCUCGAUAAUGAUCACGUUCCGGCGGCUGUCCGGUGCCGAGGAGAGCAGCCUAACUGACGCAGCACGGAAUCACAUCGUCUCGAUCGAUGGUAUGAAGUUUAUCGUCAACGUGACGAUCACCGAUCUCGAUCCCAAAUCGCACAAACACUACGCCAAGUAUGUGGAACAGCUAGCAUCGUCUGCGGUAGCGUACCGAGACUUUAUCAGCAAAUUGCGGCGUUAGAGAAGCAAUCUAAUCGUCUAUUUAUAUGUGUGUGUUGUAUUGUAUUGUGUCUCUUGUAUCCUAAUGAAGUCCCUCCAGAGUUAUCUGUGCGUGUGUGUGUGUGUGUGUGUGACUUUAAGAAGAUUUACAAUAUGAUGCCUAUAGAGGAACGGGUAGCCAAACUAACAGCAGCACAAGCACACAAGAACACAAUAUGGUGAACCUCAAGACAAAAAGCAAUAAUACUUUUUUGCCCAAUACUCUACGUACUAAGAUAACCCGGGAGUGGAACCACUUUCCUGAAGAAUUUGCUCUUUAUAGCAGUGUGGGCGUGUGUGUGUGUGUCUGAAGGAAAUAAUUGCAUGUUUAAAUAUUAAAAGUAGCUACCUAAUACGCAAAAAAAAUGCAAAUGAUCAUCACAUAAAAGGGGAAAAGAAAGCUAAAUGCACCAAUGUAAAGCAGAAAGGAAUAGUAGAAAACAAUGAAAGACAAAACCAAGUACAGGAAAAAAAAGAUGGUUGAAAAGCUAGCAUGUAAGUGUGUAAUGCUAACAAUAAUGUAAUUUGUUCACUAAAACAAGAGGCGCUGCUGACAGUGGACCGACAAUUUAAAAGCAAAGAACGAACAGAAGAUGACUGAACAAAGGAAACUAAGCUGCUUUUAAUAAGUUUACUUAAGUGAUGUUUUGCUUUUAAAUUACGCACGUGUCAAAGCAUGCAAAUGUAAUCGAACAUCAUAUGCCAGCGGGCAUCAUCACAUACAUGUGCGACAUCAUAUAGGUUUACUCAGCGUGCUCUAUUUAUUACACUUUAUUUAUUUUAGCAUUUUAGCCGGGAGACAUAAACAGGGGGAAAUGACACACAAAAAAGGGGUGAAAGGAUGACACCAAAUAAUUUAUGUGUAUACUUUAUUUUUAAAAAGAAGAUUGUACUAGGUUAUAGCAAUAUCAUCAAAAAGCAUGUUUUGAGAAUAAUUUAAUCCAUUUCAUGAUAGCGCAGAGCUCUUUACUGGCAGAGGAAGUGAACAAACACAAACCCACACCACACAAUCAAGCACGCUCUUGAUGUAUGCAGUAUUUAUUGCUAGGUUUUCGUUAUUUUUCGUAUUUUUUCUACAAAGGGUUAAAAUCACUAAUAUUAAAACCCACUUUUCGAAUCACUUUUCGCGUUUCGCGCUAGCCAGACUGUAUAACCUGGUAGGAUUGUAGAUUCUUUUUUUCAUUUCUUGAACCAGUAGGUAGCAGUAGAAUGGCAUUUGUUUUUUCCGUUUUCGACGAAAGAGAUGUGUAGCUAAAUUGUUCUCCAAAUAUUUAAGUAGAGACUUUUUGAAAGACUUCUAAGGAAAGAUUGUGACUGUGUAGUUUUUUUUAACGUCGUGUGACGCACCACUAUAAGACAACCUUUUUAUCUGUCGAUACACACAAAAAAACACUCACACACUGUAUUCAGUACGUACUGGUUAGUGCUGUAGAAAGGGAAGGAUAUGCGUGUGGUGAACACACUGUUCUUCUUAUCUGUUUUUAUAUAUAUAGGAGCUAUUUUUCACACGUUGCAUUACUCUACUACACCAAAACGGUGGAUGUGUUAUGGAAAAAAAUAAGAAUAAAUUUGCUGAAAAUCUUUA